CGGGGCCGGCUCGGCGCCCCCUCCCCGCCCCGCGGGCUCGAAGCAGCCAGGCGGCCAGCCCGGCCCCUGCCCACCCCCAGCCCAGCCCGGGCGCGCCGCACUGGGCAUGCUCCGUAGCCUGGGCAGGUUGGGGCUGCGAGGCGACAGCUCGGGCUCCGGAGCCGGGAGGCGAAAACCGGGAGGGAUACUCGGGGGCUGGGGAGGAAGGUUUCGCGGGCCAUUGAGAGGCGGUGGGGCCCGGGGCCGGCGACGCGCAGAGCCCGGCAGACGGCGGAGCCGGCGGGCGCUGCCCCGUGGGCUCGCCCGGGAGGGACAUCAGAGACCCCCCGCCCUCCGCUGAGGAAAAGAUGGUUUCUCUGUGAUAUGGAAUCCUGAAAUGUGAUCUUUCUUGAAAAGGAGUGAGCUUAUCCAAGAACUGUGCUUGUCCCUGAAGUUCUCCAUCUGCCUCAGCCAUGCUCUCAGAAUCCUGCUUCUGACUGGGUGAAUAAAUCCUACUCCCUCCUGUUCAGCCUCACCUGAGAAUUUAAGAUUCCAGGACAGAAGUUACAAAGCCAACUCUCUUUUCUAUAUACCUGUCUUUGAAGGUUCAGCAUAAAAACUAACCUUCUUGAAGUCAUCAGACAGCUGGCACUGUGCAGUGAAUCUGACCAAGUGAACAUCACUUCCUGUUGUCCCAGAGUUCCCUGGUCUUGAAUAUCAUCAUGGCCAAACCUUAUGAAUUUAACUGGCAAAAGGAAGUUCCUUCCUUUUUGCAAGAAGGAGCAGUUUUUGACAGAUAUGAAGAGGAAUCGUUCGUGUUUGAACCCAACUGCCUCUUCAAAGUGGAUGAAUUUGGCUUCUUUCUGACCUGGAAAAGUGAAGGCAAGGAAGGACAAGUGCUGGAAUGUUCCCUCAUCAACAGCAUUCGGCUGGGAGCCAUACCAAAGGAUCCCAAAAUUCUGGCUGCUCUCGAAGCUGUUGGAAAAUCAGAAAACGAUCUGGAAGGGCAGAUAGUUUGUGUCUGCAGUGGCACAGACCUUGUGAACAUUAGUUUCACGUACAUGGUGGCUGAAAACCCAGAAGUAACCAAGCAAUGGGUAGAAGGCCUGAGAUCAAUCAUACACAACUUUAGGGCCAACAACGUCAGUCCGAUGACAUGCCUCAAGAAACACUGGAUGAAAUUGGCAUUUAUGACCAACACAACUGGUAAAAUUCCAGUUAGGAGUAUCACUAGAACCUUUGCAUCGGGGAAAACAGAGAAGGUGAUCUUUCAAGCACUCAAGGAGUUGGGUCUUCCCAGUGGAAAGAAUGAUGAAAUUGAACCUGCUGCCUUUACUUAUGAAAAGUUCUAUGAACUGACACAAAAAAUUUGUCCUCGGACAGAUAUAGAAGAUCUGUUUAAAAAAAUCAAUGGAGACAAAACUGAUUAUUUAACGGUAGACCAAUUAGUGAGCUUUCUAAAUGAACAUCAACGAGAUCCUCGACUGAAUGAAAUUUUAUUCCCAUUUUAUGAUGUUAAAAGGGCAAUGCAGAUCAUUGAGAUGUAUGAGCCUGAUGAAGAUUUGAAGAAAAAAGGACUCAUAUCAAGUGAUGGGUUUUGCAGAUAUCUGAUGUCAGAUGAAAAUGCCCCAGUCUUCCUAGAUCGUUUAGAGCUUUACCAGGAAAUGGACCAUCCUCUGGCUCACUAUUUCAUCAGUUCUUCCCAUAAUACCUAUCUCACUGGCCGACAGUUUGGCGGGAAGUCUUCAGUAGAAAUGUACAGACAAGUUCUCCUGGCUGGUUGCAGGUGUGUUGAACUUGACUGUUGGGAUGGAAAAGGUGAAGAUCAAGAACCAAUAAUAACUCAUGGAAAAGCAAUGUGUACAGAUAUCCUUUUUAAGGAUGUAAUUCAAGCCAUCAAGGAAACUGCGUUUGUCACCUCCGAAUAUCCUGUAAUUCUCUCCUUUGAAAAUCACUGCAGCAAAUAUCAACAGUACAAGAUGUCCAAAUAUUGUGAAGAUCUAUUUGGGGAUCUCCUGUUGAAACAAGCACUUGAAUCACAUCCACUCGAACCAGGAAGACCGUUGCCAUCCCCCAAUGACCUCAAAAGAAAAAUACUUAUCAAAAAUAAACGGCUAAAACCUGAAGUUGAAAAAAAACAGCUUGAAGCUUUGAAAAGCAUGAUGGAAGCAGGGGAAUCUGCAGCUCCAGCUAGCAUCUUAGAGGAUGAUAAUGAAGAGGAAAUAGAAAGCGCUGACCAAGAGGAGGAAGCUCACCCUGAGUUCAAAUUUGGAAGUGAACUUUCUGCUGAUGACUUGGGUCACAAGGAAGCUGUUGCAAAUAGUGUCAAAAAGACUUCAGAUGACCUUGAACAUGAAAACAACAAAAAGGGCCUGGUUACUGUAGAAGAUGAGCAGGCAUGGAUGGCAUCUUAUAAAUAUGUAGGUGCUACCACUAAUAUUCAUCCCUAUUUGUCCACCAUGAUCAAUUAUGCACAGCCUGUGAAGUUUCAAGGUUUCCAUGUGGCUGAAGAACGUAAUAUUCAUUAUAACAUGUCUUCUUUUAAUGAAUCAGUUGGCCUUGGCUACUUGAAGACACAUGCGAUUGAAUUUGUAAAUUACAACAAACGGCAAAUGAGUCGCAUUUACCCCAAGGGAGGCAGAGUGGAUUCCAGUAAUUACAUGCCUCAGAUUUUCUGGAACGCUGGAUGCCAGAUGGUUUCACUGAACUAUCAAACCCCAGAUUUAGCAAUGCAAUUGAAUCAGGGGAAAUUUGAGUAUAAUGGAUCGUGCGGGUAUCUGCUCAAACCAGAUUUCAUGAGGCGGCCUGACCGAACAUUUGAUCCCUUCUCUGAAACCCCUGUGGACGGGGUUAUUGCAGCAACAUGCUCGGUGCAGGUCAUAUCAGGGCAAUUCUUAUCAGAUAAGAAGAUUGGCACAUAUGUUGAAGUGGAUAUGUAUGGACUGCCCACUGACACCAUACGUAAGGAAUUUCGAACUCGCAUGGUUAUGAACAACGGACUCAAUCCAGUUUACAAUGAAGAAUCAUUUGUGUUUCGGAAGGUGAUCCUGCCAGACCUGGCUGUCUUGAGAAUAGCAGUAUACGAUGACAACAACAAGCUGAUUGGCCAGAGGAUCCUUCCAUUGGAUGGCCUCCAAGCUGGCUAUCGACACAUUUCCCUUCGAAAUGAGGGAAACAAACCAUUAUCACUGCCAACAAUUUUCUGCAAUAUUGUUCUUAAAACAUAUGUGCCUGAUGGGUUUGGAGAUAUUGUGGAUGCUUUAUCAGAUCCAAAGAAAUUUCUCUCAAUUACAGAAAAGAGAGCAGACCAAAUGAGAGCUAUGGGCAUUGAAACUAGUGACAUAGCUGAUGUGCCCAGCGACACUUCCAAGAACGACAAGAAAGGAAAGGCCAACACAGCCAAAGCCAACGUGACCCCUCAGAGUAGCUCCGAGCUCAGACCGACCACCACGGCAGCCCUGGGCUCUGGCGUGGAAGCCAAGAAAGGUAUUGAACUUAUCCCUCAAGUGAGGAUAGAAGAUUUAAAGCAGAUGAAGGCUUACUUGAAGCAUUUAAAGAAACAACAGAAAGAGCUAAAUUCUUUAAAGAAGAAACAUGCAAAGGAGCACAGUACCAUGCAGAAGUUACAUUGCACGCAAGUUGACAAAAUCGUGGCACAGUAUGACAAAGAGAAGUCAACUCAUGAGAAAAUCCUGGAGAAAGCAAUGAAGAAGAAGGGGGGAAAUAAUUGUCUGGAAAUGAAAAAAGAAACAGAAAUUAAAAUUCAGACCCUGACAUCAGAUCACAAAUCAAAGGUCAAAGAGAUUGUGGCACAGCACACAAAGGAGUGGUCAGAAAUGAUCAACACCCACAGUGCUGAGGAGCAAGAAAUCCGGGACCUGCACCUUAACCAGCAGUGUGAACUACUGAGAAAACUACUAAUCAAUGCUCAUGAGCAGCAAACCCAGCAGCUGAAACUGUCCCAUGACAGGGAAAGCAAGGAAAUGAGAGCCCACCAGGCUAAGAUUUCUAUGGAAAACAGCAAAGCCAUCAGCCAAGACAAAUCUAUCAAGAAUAAAGCAGAACGGGAAAGGCGAGUCAGGGAAUUAAACAGCAGCAACACUAAAAAAUUUCUAGAAGAAAGAAAGAGACUCGCAAUGAAGCAAUCCAAAGAAAUGGAUCAAUUGAAAAAAGUUCAACUUGAACACCUAGAAUUUCUAGAGAAGCAGAAUGAGCAGCUUUUGAAAUCCUGUCAUGCAGUGUCCCAAACGCAAGGCGAAGGAGAUGCAGCAGAUGGUGAAAUUGGAAGCCGAGAUGGACCGCAGACCAGCAACAGUAGUGUGAAACUCCAAAAUGCAAACUGAGGCAGCAAAACCACAAAACAUCAGAAGAUUGCUCCCAACUUCUGAACAUAAACUCCACGGACAAAAACUGUUUUCUUUAUGGGUAGACAAGAUGUUACCUGAAACCACAAAGACUUGGAAGGACACAUACUUCUAUUUAUCAGUUUGAGUACUGAAUUUUCUUGGCCAAACCAAAAGUAGCUACAAAUCCACAGAAGUCUAUUCCAGUAAGGCAGAGUUUAACUUGAUAAUACAACUUAAACAUGUUUGCUAUAAGAUAUCAUCACAAGUAAAUGAGCUUGGUGUUAACAACUCUGCUUUGUGAUGCAUUAGAACAUGUUUGAGCUGCAGUAAAAAAAACAAAAAAAACCAACAAAAAAAACCCAGUGCAUUAGCAAUUUCAUAGCAAGUGCAUGCACUAUAACAAAAGCAAAAACUCUG